AUGAACCGGCAGCUAGUGAAAAUUUUGACAACCUUAUUUGCGUUAUUCUUAGAGACAAACCACUUCAGGACGACUUUCUGUAAAGAACAUGAUUCAAGAUCUGGAAAAUCCCCCUCACAGACCCUGUCUCCUUCAGAUUUUUUGGACAAAUUGAUGGGGAGGACAUCGGGGUAUGAUGCUAGAAUCAGACCAAAUUUUAAAGGUCCUCCUGUAAAUGUUACCUGCAACAUAUUUAUCAACAGCUUUGGUUCAAUAGCAGAAACUACAAUGGACUAUAGAGUGAACAUUUUUUUGAGACAGCAGUGGAACGACUCACGUCUGGCUUACAGUGAAUAUCCCGAUGAUUCCCUGGAUUUGGAUCCCUCUAUGUUGGACUCUAUUUGGAAGCCAGAUUUAUUCUUUGCCAAUGAAAAGGGAGCAAACUUCCAUGAUGUCACAACAGACAACAAAUUGCUGAGGAUUUCUAAAACUGGAAAAGUGCUGUACAGUAUCAGGCUUACUUUAACCUUAUCCUGUCCCAUGGACUUGAAGAAUUUUCCUAUGGAUGUGCAGACAUGUACAAUGCAGCUAGAGAGCUUUGGCUACACUAUGAAUGAUCUGAUAUUUGAGUGGCUAAGUGAUGGACCUGUGCAAGUUGCAGAGGGUUUAACCUUGCCACAGUUUAUUUUGAAAGAAGAUAAAGAACUUGGUUAUUGCACAAAGCAUUACAACACUGGAAAGUUUACAUGCAUUGAAGUCAAGUUUCAUUUGGAGCGUCAGAUGGGAUACUAUUUAAUCCAGAUGUACAUUCCUAGCCUGCUGAUUGUCAUUUUGUCCUGGGUUUCUUUCUGGAUCAACAUGGAUGCUGCUCCAGCUAGAGUUGCACUGGGCAUCACUACAGUUUUGACAAUGACCACGCAAAGUUCAGGAUCGAGAGCUUCCCUCCCAAAAGUCUCCUACGUAAAAGCAAUCGACAUCUGGAUGGCCGUGUGCCUUCUCUUUGUCUUUGCUGCAUUGCUGGAAUAUGCAGCAGUCAACUUUGUUUCACGGCAGCACAAGGAGUUUCUGAGGCUUCGAAGGAGGCAAAGAAGACAAAACAAGGAAGAUGAAGUUGCUCGUGACAGUCGCUUCAAUUUCAGUGGCUAUGGUAUGGGUCACUGCCUCCAAGUCAAAGAUGGCACAGCAGUCAAGGCUACUCCACCCAACCCACCUCCAGCACCACCAAAGGAUUCAGAUUCCAUCAAAAAGAAGUUUGUUGACCGUGCAAAAAGGAUUGAUACAAUAUCUCGUGCUGCGUUCCCACUCGCCUUCCUCAUUUUCAACAUCUUUUACUGGAUUACAUACAAAAUUAUACGGCAUGAGGACAUUCACAAGAAAUAGUUGGCAACUCUCAUUUGCCAGGACUUCUUAGCCAAAGUGAUCCACUUGUAAAUAAACAGUACAAUGUCUUUCCGUCACCUGGACUAAGGGUUUCUUCCCCUCCCAUUCCCCCAGGACACUGAAGAGAAAGUGAACAAAAAUGAGAAGUACAGAAGGAAAAGUGAUUGCAUGAAAAAAAAAUAUGCCUUGAGACCAGUCAGUGAGGGUUCCCCCUGUGUGCUCUCUGUGUUGUUCUUCCAGAUUCAGCAUUAAUCAGUCAACUUUAAACGGGGCCAAAUUUUACCCAGUUUUAUCACAAAGAUGUUAUCUCUCAAGACAAAAGAGAAUCAGAAAACAAAGCUCCUAAAACAUCUGUCUAGAGACUGUGAUGGCUACAGUACAGUGAGUUAUAAGAGGACCAAACUUUUUCAGGAUAAUGUUGCCUUUCUAUUUGAAACAAGUCUA